AUGGCUAGCACAUCCCCACAUACCCCUCCAACACUCACAACUCUCCCCACCGAACUCCUCCUCCAAAUCCUGCUCUACCUCCCUCCCUCAUCUCUCCAAACCCUCCGCCUCACCUCUCACCACCUCGAAACCCUCUCCUUCCCCCUCCUCUUCCGCAAUCUCCCCAAUUGGCUCGACUACAAAAGGAGCCAUGCUGCGAUCGUAGCCCUCGCGAAUGAUGCGUUUGAGAGACCGAGUGGCAUGUGGAGUCCGUGGGCGAGUGAGCCGGAUGGGGAGGUGCAGGGGACUUGGUUGGGAUUAUUGUGGAGGGUUGAGACGAGAGGGGGAUUUGUUUUGAAUGAGAAUUGGGGAAAGAAGGAUGGGGAAGAGGGAGAGGGAGAAGGGGUUUGGGUGGAUGGUGGGAACGGAGAGAAAGUUUGGGGGACGGCGAGGAGUUAUGCGCGGUUGAGUGGGAGGGAGGAUGUGAAUGAGAAGAAGUUGAGGGUUGCGCAGAAUAGGUACUUGAUGCAUAGGAAUUACUCGGAUGGGGUGGGGAAGAAAGGGCUGGAAUUAAAGCAGGAUGAUGGAGAAGAAGCGGGAAGGAGCGCGAAUGGGAUUGAGGUUAGGUGGAAGGAGAAGGAGCUCUAA